AUGGACGGCGCGAACGCGGCCGCGGACGGCGACGCGUACUUCACCGACUGGGCGUCCUCCCGUCUCGCCGCGUUCGACGACCCGAAGAAGCUCGAGGAGGCGCUCAUCGCGCAGGGCGUGCCCCCGGACGAGGCCAGACGCCUCGUCGACGUCGCGUCCUCGGAUGGUCCCCCUCCGUCCGCGAAUAAGUCGGCAUCACCAUCGGCGUCGGCGCCCGCGCCCGCGAGCGACGCGUCCGAGGAGGAAUGGCGCGACCCGACGGUCGCGGCGUGGGAGUGCGCGACGUCGUCCGACGCGACGCCGCCCGCGGACGCGUCGAAGCCCUUGAGCGCCGCGCUGAUCGACGCCCUCGACGCCCUCGACUGGGAGCAGGUCCAUCGCGCGCUCAUUCCGAACGUGUGGAACCGCAUCAAGCUCGAGACGUUCACGGAGACGUGGGCGGUCUUCGGGGUGUGGCCGCCGACGGAAGGCGAACGCGAACGCGAACGCGAACGCGAACGCGAACGCGGAGGCGAACGCGGAGGCGAACGCGGAGGCGAACGCGGGGGCUCCGUCGACCGUCGCCGCCGCGUGAUGCUCGAGGCGUACGGCACCGGCGGGAUGACCUCCGCGCUGAAGCAUCUCAGGCGCGUCCCAUCUCACGCCGGUCCCCGUACGACCGCGUCGGCGCGGCGCGCGCCGUUCCUUGAGGACUUUGCCCGCGCGCGCAUCUCUCCGCGCAUCCCUCGCGUUCAAUCCCGACACACAAACCGCGAUAAUACCUUUCAACUCCAUCUGACGCCUUUGAAUUCCACCCCGACGCACAUCGCUUCGUACGGACCCUCGACCCUCAGGAGCGCCGACGUGCAGUACGUCGCGACGCGGGUGGAGGCGCCGGGCGGGGAGGCGCGGUUCGUGGCGAGCGCGUGGCUGGGGCCGGACUCGGAGGCGUUCGAGCGCGCGCCGCCGCGGAAAGAAGAGGAGGGUGAGGAGGAGGAGGCGGCGGCGGCGGAGAGAGCGAGUGGACGCGGCGUAUCCGGCGGGGACGCGGCCGCGGACGAGGAGAUCGGGUUGGACCUGACCGUCGAGGGGCUGCCGGCUGGGGCGAACCCCGACGCGAGGUGGAUCCGCGAGUGGGCCGCGGUGCGGCAUUAUCUCGGCGGCGCGCACGCGUACACCGCCGUCGACGGGCGAAUGUUCUUCGCCGCGCCGGACGGCGGGGACGGCGACGCGGAGUCGACGUCGAUUUUGUCGACGUCGAAGUCGGCGCCCCUCGAGUCGAGCGUCGUCGCCGGCGCCGCGGUGCUCAGAUCGCUCGGCGAAUCGCUCAAGAUGGCCCCCGAGUCGCUCGACGUCCACAACACUCGAAAGUCGAGGAUGACGCGCGCGACGCACUACGACUUCGUUGCGCCGGGAGACGAGGACAGGACGGACGUCGGCGGCGUCGGCGACGACGUCGACGCCCUCGGCGCCGCGCUCGAGGCGUUUGAACGCGAAAAGGCGAGAGCGCGCGCGGAGGAGGAGGGCGCGCGCCUCAACGCCGGCGGCGGAGGCGUUAUCACGUCCACGUCCGACUCCGAUUACGACGACGAAGACGACGAGAUGGUCGACGAGGUCCAGAUGAGCGACGCGGCGAUCGGCGCGCACCGCGAAGCCCUGGAGAUGCUCCAGGCUGAGGCGCGUUCUAUAUAUACGCCGCACCGGUCCCCACGCGACCGCGUUCGCGCGGUGAAUGCCGUUCCUUGA